AACAAAACAAAAAUACCCACAAAAUAAUAAAUUUUAGAUAUGACACAAUAGUGACGCUACAGUCACCGUAAAAUUUGUAGUUCAACUAAGUUAAAUAAUUUUUAGGAUAUAAAAAUAUUUCUGUUUACGGCCAUUUUUAUCACUAUAGCAUCUAAUGCGUUAAUGCGUAAAGCAUGCAUCCCUUAAACAACAUUUACAUUUAUGGUAUAGAAUUGAGCAGAGAUUGGUGAAAUGCAUGCAAUGGACAGCUGGCAACGGAUCAUGCACAGCAGUAGUUCCAUUUAUUGUAUAUCUCUUUCUGCACGUUUAUCGUUUCGCUGAGCACUGAGAUUUAUCCCGGAGAUAGAUAGGACUAUAUAAGCCAAAUUGAAUUACAAUAAGGUAUCAAUUUGCAACCAACAGUCUAGCAGUGUGCACAACACCCAUUCAAUAUUGCUGUAGUUUAUUCAAGCUAUAUUUUACAGCGUAUAAAUCGCUCAUUAAAAUUUCGAAUCCGUUGCCCAAAUAGAUGUUCAGAACGGCUGUGGUGCUUGUGGUGUAAAAUAAUCUCACGUAAAUAAACGUGAAAACGUAUACGAAUUGUGGUAAUAUCAAAAAUAUACCCUUCUUUUUGUGGAAUAUGAGACUGUGCGGGUUUAUCGCUUCUGUACUGAUUAUGAUCUGCGCAUUCAGGGCAUGUACGGUAACAGGUUGGCCUGUUACCAAUCCAGAGGUGGUGGACAGUCUGAUUUUUGCUGAUCCGGAAGAGGCUGCACUAUCAAUGAAGGAGAUACCUCAAUGGCAUUGCUUGCGAUACUUUAAGCAUGACAUUCAUCUCAUGCGUCGUUGUAGAAACUAUAGAAUGCACAUGUUGCGAAGACCUACUGAUAUGAUGUAAAGUAAUACGGAACGAACCAUGAACCAUCUAUAUUAGUUUAUCAAUUCCCUAAGCGACGAUAUGUACGCACAAUAAUGCCUAUAUAUAUAUAGUUUCAAAACCUUCAAUCAGUUUCAAACAUCAGUUUGAAUUGUUAAUAACUGAUGCACGCUAACACUAAACAACAUCUUAGAUGGAAUUUUAAAUAACGAAAGAAACAGUAAGGGAUAUGUGUUUGUGUGUAUAAUCAAAUCAUCAAAGAUGGUAGGGAAAUAUAAGAUUUUUAAAUGGAAAAGUAGGAACAUACGAUAGCAGAACCCUGUAGGUUAUUACAAUAUUAAAUCUAAUUUUUCGUGAUACACAAGUCCCAGUGAGGUUUUGUUUUUUUAACGAUGUGCCUGGCAGUAUUUCAUUCUUCCAAUCAAUACUAUGAGCUUGCAGUAAAUCCAAUGAACUAUGCUAGUGCCACAAUGUGUACAUUACAAUCCAACAGCGUUACAACCAAUAAAAAAUCCAAAUGUAUUUUAGAAAGAAACGAAGAAAAAUCUAUCGCUCGAGCCAGUACACGCAUUCCCUUAUUUGAUGUUUCUACAUGUUUGCUUUUUUGUUUACAGAUCGAUCAAGAGAAGAGCACACUAAGUUGAAUUUUUGAACAAUAUACGUGUACCACUCACAA